ACUCCAUCAAUAUUCCAGAUGUGAGAAAUAUCAACAUCAACAUGAGUCUAGGUUUGACUCUCACUCGUAUGCCCACAAUGAGUGGAUUUAUGGUAAGAAAGGAAUAGUUUGGUCCCAUUACAGAACAAAAUAUGAACUGUCAUUCUCAUCUUAUCUAAAAUAACUCUUAAAGUAAGAUCAGAAAGGAUUUGAGCAUUGGGAUGUUUCUGUAAUGCAUAUCUUGAUAACAGAAAAGAGACUUGAACAUCACUCUAAGGUUCUAUUCUAUAGACAUGCGGUCCGCUGUGGGCUCAGAGGUGUGGUAGUCAGGUCUUCUACCCAGGUGUCUGUGCAGGGGUCAGCCCCCUCUUCAAACCUCAGCCUGCCUUCUCCCCUGCUGUACAAAGUAAGAUAUAUCUCCCUCCCUCUCUCUCUCUCUCUCCUCCCUCUUCAAACCUCAGCCUGCCUUCUCUCCUGCUGUAACAAAGUAAGAUAUAUCUCCCUCCCUCUCUCUCUCUCUCUCCCUCCUCCCUCUUCAAACCUCAGCCUGCCUUCUCUCCUGCUGUACAAAGUAAGAUAUAUCUCCCUCCCUCUCUCUCUCUCUCUCCCUCCUCCCUCUUCAAACCUCAGCCUGCCUUCUCUCCUGCUGUAACAAAAGUAAGAUAGAUUUCCCUAUUUUCUCUUUUUCCCUCCUUUCAAAUAAGUGCUUAGAGUUUUACAAAAGAAGAUAUAUAUCCCUCCUAUUCCCUACUCCUUCAAAAACAGCCUGCCUUUAUUCUUGCGUACAAGAAGGAAGGGAAAAUAAGUGAAAAAACCCUCUCUCCUAUCCUUCACCCCCUUCAAACCUAACCCCUUGCCUUCUCCCCUGCUGUACAACAAAUAAGAUAAUUUUCCCCCUCCUUUCUCUUCUAUCUCCUCUCUCCCUCCUCAUCUUCAAAACAUCAUCCUGCCCGCCCCCUGCUUUUACAAAGUAAGAUAUCUCUCUCUCUCUCUCUCUCUCUCCUCUCUCUCUCUUCUCUCUCUCUCUCUCUCUCUCUCUCUCUCUCUCUCUCUCUCUUCUCUAUCUCUGUCUCUCUCUCUCCCUCCCUCUCUCUCCCUCCUCCCUCUUCAAAGCUGUACCUACCCUACUCCUCUGCUGUCUGUGGCCCUUGUUACCCACAGUUCCCUGCCUUAGAAAUAUAACAUGUGGUCACUUCAAGGUAAACGAGUGCAGGACUAUUUAUGCCAGACAUUAUUUUCUGUCGUUUUAUCUUCAGCUUGUGGGGGUCCGAUGGAUAUAGUGAUAGUCUUGGAUGGCUCCAACAGCAUUUACCCAUGGACACCAAUUAACGACUUUCUCAAAAAACUACUUCCCACUCUAGACAUUGGUCCACAGAGUACCAGGUACUCUAUCUCCAAUAUCAUCUCUAUUCAUAUCUCGGAUUCUCUAUAAAUUUUCUCUUCUCUUUCUCAUUCCCCUUCUUCUUCUCUCUAUCUCUCUACUCAUUUCCCUUCUUAUCUCUCUCGUCUCUCUCUAUCUAUUCAUCUCUCUAAUCCCUUCCUCUUUUGAUCAUGUGAUUUGUGUUUUUUUUGUUUCUCCAAUGUCAGGUCAGCGUUAUUCAGUAUGCAGUGUCAGCACAGUUUGAAUUCAAACUGAACACUUUCAAAACCAAAGCAGAAGUUCUGUCUGCAGCCUUGGGUAUCACUCAGAUGUAUGGUCGUGCUACCAAUACCUUUCAUGCCAUCCAGUACGCCAGGUCAGUACACAGAAUGUACAGUAUUCUCACAGUCUCAGAGUAGAAGUGCUGAUCUACAUCAGAUAGCCCUUUGAGGUCAUAAGGAAUAAGAUUAUAUGGACGGGGGGGUGGGGGGGGGACAUGACCCUAGAUUAGCAGUCCUACUCUGAGACGCUCUAUGAAUACAGGCCCUGGUGUUCAUAACAGUCACUGGAAGUGGAAGAAUGCUGAAUGUCACCAGAAUAACAUUGAUGAUUAUCACUAUCAGGGUUAGAUAAUAUGUGUCCUUGUUUUUCCAGUCAGUGGGGUUUUCAUCAGGACAAUGGCGGUCGUCCCGGGGCAGCCAAGGUGAUGGUCGUGGUAACCGACGGGGAGUCACAUGACGAGGCCUUCAGAGAUACGGUCAUCGGAGAAUGUGAGAAGGAAAAGAUCAGGCGCUUUGGCAUUGCUGUGAGUUCACCAAAUCUUUAUACUUUACAUUAUUAUUGUGAUCACCCCAUAACAUGGUGCUUGCUGUCGCGGUUUUAUCUCAUACCAGACUAACCUGGUUAAAUAAAGGUUAAAUAAAUAAAAUAGUUAAUUGGUAAGACAGGUACUGAACACAUAGUCAAAAAAAACGUAUGAAUUCACAGGACAAAAUGUGUUCCCCUCUCACAGGACUUCCCUAACCCAUAAUUAGCUUGGGGAUUUCACAUGGUGUCAGACGCUGUUCAGGGAAACUUUGUGAAUCAUGGACGUUUUACUGGAAACCCAGAUAGUCUAUAUUAUUAAUUUAUUAUAAUAACUCUUUAUAACUCGUUCAUUAA